AUGCCGCUGCAGACGGACAACUUUCUAGGAAAUUUCGGGUUCAACUUUGAUUUUGAUGCAUGCAUCAACGUUCGCAGUAGCAAGGAAGGAAACGAUAUUGACGAGCCUGUAUUGGCGCACAGACUAGUGUUGUCAUCGGCUUCAACUCGGUUUCGGAAUCUCCUCGCCGCUGGCCAACCCGACGACUCCAUGGCAAAGAUAGAUAUUGAUCUGAGGGAGAUUCCAAACUCUAUCAAUGCCUUCAAAGCCAUGCUGAGCGGCUUGUACACUGGAGAGUUGAACUUCUCUCUGGCCGAUCAUGCCGAGGGCAGACCUAUCUUCCACACCUUGCUUGCCCUGUACAUGCAGCCUGGAUUGUUGGCUUCGACAUUCGGAAGCAGUGUAAUACCCUGCCCGACGACUUCAUUACUGGCUCCACCGACUCCUCCAGUCGAGGACAACAGAACACUUGCCGACGACCUGUCAUCUCCGCGUAACACUCCAACGAUAUUCAGUGAGAAAAUAGUGCCAAACGAUGACAAAGAAGGAUGGUGUCGAAACAAGAAGUACAUCGAAAAAGUCGACAAUGGUUUCAUGUGUACCGUAUGCCGAAAGAUCUAUGGCAGAUACAAUUCCGUCUCUUAUCAUGUGACAAUCUAUCAUCGCAACCCUCCAAUCAGAUGUGAUGAAGCCGGUUGUCAGUUCUCGACACGAGAGGCACGAUACAUCCAUUUCCACAAGUAUUACAGGCAUCAUAUACCGCUUCCGGACAGUAUUGACCUAGGUAAGUCUCCCAGUGAGCGUUACUUAUUAGGGCGGCAGGUGGCCGGGCGAGGAGAAGGAGAGCUGCUGGAGCUUAUGUGA